UAAAUUUUAUCGAUAAACGAAAACAACAUUUGUUUAUAUGACUAAUUUUAACUUACACUGAAGUAUACGUAAAUACACACGCUCACACUGGAAGUUCUGAAUGGAUAUGAGUGUGGCCAAUACAAAAACAAUGGCCAACAUUGUUGAUAAGAUAAGAUAACUCCCAUUUCCAAUGUGUUUGCUGCUCUAAUGCACAUACUGUAUCGCGCUGCGAAUGAUUCGAAUUUGUUCAGCAAGUACGACAAGAAUUGUCAGUAAACAAUGGCAACUCACGCCGAGAAGGAUUUUUACCACUUGAACGUCAGCGUAUCAAAAGCAUUAAAUGGCCUGGAAGCGCCACUUAAAACCAAACAUGCCCGCUCCAUUAUUAUUAUGAUCCACAAGGCCAAAGAGGCCAAAACAUUCUGGAUGAUUAUAUCCCGGCAGCCUUUGAUGCAGAGCAGAUUUACCGCCUGGAAAUUCUCGCAUCUUCUGCACAAGGUCUUGCGAGAGGCCCAUGAAAGUUCGAUAAGGCAUUCCCAGAGCCACAAGAAAAUGAUUCUGGAAGUGGGGAAAAUGUGGGGACUUCUGCAGGACGAUAUCGGAUGCUGUAUACAGGCUUAUAGCAAGCUUCUGGCCACCAAAUUAAAUUUCCAUGACAAAAAUAGAAUGUUUCCCGGAUCCCUGAACAUUUCGUUCACCGAACUUUUUAUUGCAGUCGACCGGGACUUAAAUUACUGCUUCCAACUGUGCGUGGAGAUUUUUGACUACUUGGAGGAUAUAAUUGCCCUGCAGCUAACCAUAUUUUCUUCAAUGGAAAAAUAUAGAAUGUCGUCGAUGACGCCACAAGGACAAUGUAGAUUAGCACCAAUAGUUUGUCUUAUCCAGGAUUCAAAUGCUCUCUACGACUUAAGUGUUCGACUUAUGUUUAAAUUGCACGACGGCGUACCUUACGAUGUUGUUUCCGGUCACCGAGAUCGGUUUCAUGGUUUGUUUCUUAAGUUAAAAAGUUUUUACAACAACGUGCGGCCUCUGCAGUAUUUCAAGGAUUUAAUAACAGUUCCGGAAUUGCCGGACUCAAGUCCUAACUUCAAAUCCCAAAAUGAUUUUACCAGUUAUGUACCGCCAGUAGUGCAUGUUCCCCAGGAACCUGAUCCUGUAGUCGAAGACCUUGUGGACACUAACAAUCACGAAUCAGAAGCCUUUAGUCAAGCCCAACAGCAAUUAAGUAUGCUGGAGGGAAUAAUAAGUGAGAAAGAGGCUGGCAUUGAGGAACUUUCAUUCAAACUGGUUUCCCUUCAAAAAAAUUUUGAUGAGCUGCAACAAAGUUAUAGGAACGACAUUCAAGAGUUGCAGCAAAACAAUACCGUCUUAUCAAAUGAUUUGGUUUUGGCGAGGGAAAUGUGCGCAACGUUCAGGAUGCAAAACGAUGAUCUUGAGCUGCAACUAAACCAAAAUCCGAUUCUUCUGCAAAAAGCCAUGGAGGAAGAAGAGAAGCAUAAGCUAUCCUCGGAAAAGUUCAACAAACUAAAGACACUUUACACUAAAAUUCGGGAUGAGCACAUUCAAUUGUUGAGAGAGCAAAGUGAUUGCAACAAAUCUUUAAAUAGGGAGAAGCAAGUUAACUCUCAGCUAUUGUUGGAAACCAAGGAGCUAUCCAACGAAAUUGCCAAAAUUAAAGGAAACGUUGAAGAAAAAGAGAAAGUAAACUUAACUCUGCAAAAGCAAAUUGAAGAGCACAAGGAAAAAGUAAUACAGCUGGAAGCGAUUAAAAACGAAAUUAAGGAAAAACUCGACGACGUUGUUAAGCAAAAAGAGAUUCAAGAACUAGAUAUUAACUCCACCUCCGAAAACUUGAGGUUAAAUUGUUUAAAAGUAGAGGAGCUUAAUGUCACUCUUAAUGAAACGAAGGAGAAACUCUUAAACGCCGAAAGCCAAAUUACUGUUAAGAGCCAAGAAAUCGAAAAUAUAACAAAAGCCUUCGAAGCGGAAAAAGCAUUGCUUUUAACUAAGUUGGAGCAACAAAAUGUGGAAAGCAAAAAUAAUUCGGAUGCGCAAAGCGCCGAACUACUUCAAACUAAAAGUAACUUGGAGCAAAAGGACAAAGAUUUAAACGAAGUUAAGAAUAAGCUAUCCACCGCCGAAAGUGAAAUCAGCUUAAAGGUAGUGGAAAUCGAAAACAAUUCUAAGGCUUUUGAAGCGGAGAAGGCAUUGCUCCUAACUAAAAUAGACGAACUUGUUUUAGAACACAAACAAAAUAGCGAUGCACUAAAUGCUCAGUUGCAACAAACGACAAAUAAAUUGGAGCAAAAAGAGUCUGCAUUAGAGCAUACCCAGAUAAUUGUUCAACAAUUAAGGGAGGAAAUUAAUUUAGCGGGUCAAAGUAACGAGGAUUUGCAAAGCAAACUCACGAAUACAGAGGACAAACUAACGCAAGCAACGCAACAAAUUAAUUCUGUGACAAGUUCACUCGAAACUUGCAAUUCCGAUUUAAGCGAUCUUAGAAAAUUGGUUAUCAAAACUGUUAAAGAAAUCUGUAACUCAAAAUUAAGCGGAUCGGAACAGCAACCAUUGGAUGCGAUACCCAACAUAAUUAGUGAAAUGGAAAUCCUUCUUAACAAAUUUAACAGUUCUUCCGCUUUAAAUUUUGUCGUCUCAACGGAAGGAAUGAAAGAUGUUAUGUUUUUGGGCUAUAUAUUCAUAAAGUUAUACGAUCAAUGCGAUGUUAUUUACAAAACAACUACCGCAAUUGAAACGGGUCAAGAGAUUUUUGCGAAAACAUCGUUGAUAUGUACAGACGUCUGCCAACUGUUUCAAUAUUUAUUAAACAAUGAAACAAAGGACGCCGAAAGGCAAAAAACUAUUAAUGAUAUACAAGCAAAGCUGAAAGAUAUAGGAAAGCUAAUUGAGAAGAUUAAAGCCACCUUUGAACAAAAAAUCGAUCUGGACAAACUUCUUGAAAUAGAGCUCCGCGAGAUGGACGCUGCCAUCGAUGAUGCAGCAUCUAAAAUAACAGAUCUACUUGCCAAGGCUCGUGAGAAGGAUAACCAAACCAAUUUGGAGGUAAACGGAAAAAUUGUGGACGCGUGCACCACGUUGAUGGAAUGUGUAAAGGCCUUAAUCCAGAAAUCACGUCUUCUGCAACACGAGAUUGUUGCCUCCCAAAAAGGAAAUGCAAGUGCCAACGAGUUUUAUAGGAGAAAUAGUCAGUGGUCUGAUGGUUUAAUAUCAGCUUCAAAGAGUGUGGCAAAGGCUGCUAACUAUUUGGUGGAAGCAGCUAACAAAGCCAUUGAAAGUGAGUCGGGUAAAAACUUUGAGCUCAUUGUGGCUGCCCAGGAAAUCGCAGCCUGCACUACCCAAAUGGUUAUAGCGAGUAAAGUUAAGGCGGAGCGGAACAGUCAAAAGCUAUCGGACUUAACAAAGGCCUCGCGAAGCGUAACACAGGCAACUGGAACUCUCGUUGCCACCGUUAAGGAUUGCAACUCCCAACUGGAGCAACAAAGUGAAUUAGAACUUGCAAAGUUAACCCCAUCCCAAAUUAAAACGAUGGAAAUGGAAAUCCAUGUUAAAGUUCUCGAAACCGAACAAGUUCUUCAAAUGCAGCGACUAAAACUCUCAGCGUUUCGAAAAGAGCAUUACAAAAAUGCAGAUUAUUAAAUACUAUAUUUAUUAACGUUACUAACAUUA